UACUAGACGAAUAUUUUGUUCGGUGAAUUUUCGGGUGUUAUUUUUUAUGUAACUUCAUAUCCAAAGCGGAAGAGCGCAUUUGAAAUCUUCCCAAUGUGCUCUAAACCUCCGUACCUGUUGGACAUCAAAGUGUUCUAUCAUGGAAUAAAUGCAUGUUGACCAAAGAUCACUUGGGAAAGCGCUGCACAAGUUGGCCGCAAAAAUUACGAAAUGGAAAAUCGUGGCGUGAUAUUGUUGCUGAUUGGAACGCUGCAUUGCCUGGAAUUGGUAACUGAAGGCCACGUGAUAAUUAACAGAUCUACAUUCAAUAUUAAAGGAGCGGAUAUUACAAAGCCUGGAGAAAGGACGAGAAAUAACACACCAAUCAAUCCUGAACUAUGUAAUUUUAAUUUAACCAUGGACAGUUUGAAAUUCUUCGACAGUCGAUUACAGCUGAUGGAACCGGACUUUGUUGCAUUUCGAAUAUAUAUCACCAACACUUACGACAAAGAUUCAGAAGUCAAUAUAACUUACGAACACACGCUGUUUGAACCGAGGUUAUGGUUUUGGACCUAUGAUACCCCGAAAGGGCAUUUCCCGUACUUAUAUCUGAACAUUGACUACGGAAUAUUGAGCUUUGGUCUAUUGGACGCGAAAACAUUUGAAGUGAAACGAGUCGUUCUGAAUCCAAUGCUAAAGGAUAACCAAUCGUGUUUAAUACAUUUUGGAAAGAACGACAGCAUGGAACAAUUGACGAAUGCUUUACAAGAUCUUGUCGUGAAUGUGGUAGAGCAUGACGUAUACAAGUAUGAAACCAACUACUUUUGUUACUUAGUUGAAAACCAGGACAUCAUGGAAAAAUCAUGGAAGUAUUUCGCAGCUCUUUAUUUCAAUUUUCCAUUACCUCUCGUCCACUUCGAGUGUUGUGAGGUAUGGUUUCAUUACUCAGAGAACAAGUUUGUUUCCAAAGGCUGCAACAAGCCAUUCCCAAAGUGGGACCUCUGUUAUUACGGGCCUUAUAUAUUAGGCGUGCUACUUCUUUUAUAUUUUCCCAUUAUUCUGUUUAAAACUUGUGACGCCCUUACCAAAGAAGAGAUUGUUGAAUCCUUCGACUAUGAUAUGGUAGCGGAGCUGGACGUUCCGCUGUCCCCAGGGCCGACUUGGGAAUUCGAUUGGGUGUUUCUCAAUGGAAAACCGCCCUUGACCUUUUGGAGUGUGAUAACCUGCUGUUUUGGAGGAGUUGUGCAUCAAUACCCCGUUUGCGCCACAAGACUUCGCAGGUUUAUUGCUGUGUUGCUAACACCGUUUGUAAUAUAUAUCAAGAUUUUGAUGUACUCUGAUGGCAUCGGAAAAGAUAAACUGAAAAUAAAAGUGUCCAACUUCGCCGAGCGUGGAAUGCCACUUGGUUAUUUAGCGAUGCUUGGGAAUAGCACAGAAGACAGAAUGAAGUCUUUUGCGCCAGCAUUCGGCGGACCGGUUGGAAUGGCAUGUAUUUAUUACAUACUGAGUGUGGUUCUUAUUGUGUUUCCGCGAAGUUUGAAACAAAUUGUGGAAAAUGGAAUGCCGACUCGUCGUAAUUGGUCGCCACUCUUUUUUGGCGUGGACGAAAUUCUCCAUAUGGGAAUGGUAAGCACAGAAACUGAGCCGGGAUAUAACAGGGCCGCGGCGAUUUGUAAGGGCCGUUUCUACAUGCUGUUCACCGGAACAUUCUGGAAAAGAUUAUCUCAUCUUCAGAAAAGGCGAUACCAGAAAAUAAGGCGAUUUUCAAAGUGCAUGUUCGCGUUGUGUCUUCCCCUGCUUACACUUGCUUGCCUCUUGGAGACAAUAGCUUGUUUAGUGUAUUUCGCGAUACCAUUUGUUAGCUUUAGUGUCAUCAUGAUCAAAGGGGCAUCGACAUCAGUAAUGACACAACGGUUAUACUACCACCGCCUAAACGCUCUUCUUCGGAUACGAUUGUUUUGGGUCAUUGGGUCGCUGCUUGUGUUUGUCACAUUUAUCAUGUUCGCGUACUCACUAAGCUUGAUAUUUCUCGAAAGCAGUGUCUUUAUCUCGAAGAUAAUUAUCUACUGCUUCGUGGCCGUGGUCUUUAUGCCAUCAGCUUCUUUCGGAUACCUGUUUUUCUUCGUCGUCCUUCUAUACUACAUUGUUCAUCUCGUUAAGGGCUUUGGCGAAGUCUAUUUGGAACUACUUUCCACUGGAAUCGAACGUUCCUUAGACCUAGACGCCCAUGUUAAUCACGUGAGCUACCAAGAUGGUCACCUUCUUAUCUCAAACGUCCGAGCGCCUAACAUCCGGAGCAUCCGUGUCAAUAACACGCAUAUUGAUGUUCCACAGAACAGCUUAGAGAAAAUAAAAGCUACCUCUGACGUGGCUAGACACACACGCCAAGUCAACAGCGUUCAUGGAAUUCCAAAGGAACUAUUUGAGUACUUAGUUAAAAAACACAGACCUGUUCACAUUCAACUAUUGAAACUGAUAUUCCAAUUGACCUUUAUAGUAACUCUCGUGGCCUUGACAUUGAGUAUAACGUCAAAAUUUAAUUCGAGUUCGUCUUCAGAGGAAGGUCCGGAAGUGAUGCAUAUUCUAUUUAUGGUAACAGUUGGUGCAUUACCGCGCGUGCUCGAGGUUUUGUUGACAGAUGGAAGCGAGGUUGUGAAAAAACAAUUGGAAGAAACAAGAGUUGAGCAGACGAUCGUUCGGUACUGGAGAACCAAAGCGGAUACAGACUUGGAGUUAUCUUGAUCGCAGAUAAUCCUUUCAUGACGAUAAUAUUUCAAUAUAUCACAUCUAUGUUAUUAUAUAUAAUUUCACAAGGUCACAAUACUCAAGAAUGCACGCACGCACACAUGCGCGCGCGCACGCACGCUCGCACGCACGCACACACACACACACAAUUAUAUUACUUUGUAAUAUUUAAAGUUUUACUAUCACAAAACUAUGACGCUGACUAGAACUUAAAAACCCGUAAAACUAACAUAUGACCUUUAUUAUGUGUUUGAUAUUUGAUAACCAUGUUAAGUUCGUAGUUAGGUUACACGCGAUUAAAUAGACACCGUGGUGUGAGUAUCGGAUUAAGUGGCACCAGCGUAACAAUUAUUAAAUAAACUAAGAUUAUUCGAAUUUUGAAUAACCAAGUCAGUUGCACACAGUUUGCAUCCUCGAAGUAUCAUGUUUUCAAAGGUUCAAUGUUAAGUGAAGAGAUAUGAUAAUUAAAUAAAAAAACACAAUUCAAAUGAACGCGUUCGUUCUGGUGUAUAAUUUAUAGUUGUUAAUAUAUUGUCCAGUUGUUAAUCUAUUGUCUAGCAAUGUUCUACUAAUGUGUUAUAAUGUAUAGUUGUUUAUCUAUUGUUCAGCAAUGUUCUAAUAAUACGUUUUGAUGUAUAGUUGUUUAUCUAUUGUCCAGCAAUGUUCUAAUAAUAUGUUAUAAUGUAUAGUUGUUUAUCUAUUGUCUAGCAAUGUUCUACUAAUGUGUUGUAAUGUAUAGUUGUUUAUCUAUUGUCCAGCAAUGUUCUAAUAAUAUGUUAUAAUGUAUAGUUGUUUAUCUAUUGUCCAGCAAUGUUCUAAUAAUAUGUUAUAAUGUAUAGUUGUUUAUCUAUUGUCCAGCAAUGUUCUACUAAUGUGUUGUAUAAUGAAUAGUUGUCUGUCUAUUGUCCAGCAAUGUUCUAGUAAUGUGUUGUAUAAUGUAUAGCUGUAUGUCUAUUGUCCAGCAAUGUUCUAGUAAUGUGUUGUAUAAUGAAUAGUUGUCUGUCUAUUGUCCAACAAUGAUCUAGUAAUGUGUUGUAUAAUGUAUAGUUGUCUGUCUAUUGUCCAGCAAUGUUCUAGUAACGUGUUGUAUAAUGUAUAGUUGUCUGUCUAUUGUCCAGCAAUGUUCUAGUAAUGUGUUGUAUAGUGAAUAGUUCUUUGUCUAUUGUCCAGCAAUGUUCUAGUAAUGUGUUGUAUAAUGAAUAGUUGUUUAUCUAUUGUUCAGCAAUGUUCUACUAAUGUGUUGUAUAAUGAAUAGUUGUCUGUCUUUUGUCCAACAAUGAUCUAGUAAUGUGUUGUAUAAUGAAUAGUUGUUUGUCUAUUGUCCAGCAAUGUUCUAAUAAUAUGUUAUAAUGUAUAGUUGUUUAUCUAUUGUCUAGCAAUGUUCUAAUAAUAUGUUAUAAUGUAUAGUUGUUUAUCUAUUGUCCAGCAAUGUUCUAAUAAUAUGUUAUAAUGUAUAGUUGUUUAUCUAUUGUCCAGCAAUGUUCUACUAAUGUGUUGUAUAAUGAAUAGUUGUCUGUCUAUUGUCCAGCAAUGUUCUAGUAAUGUGUUGUAUAAUGAAUAGUUGUUUGUCUAUUGUCCAGCAAUGUUCUACUAAUGUGUUGUAUAAUGUAUAGUUGUCUGUCUAUUGUCCAGCAAUGUUCUAGUAAUGUGUUGUAUAAUGAAUAGUUGUUUGUCUAUUGUCCAGCAAUGUUCUAAUAAUAUGUUAUAAUGUAUAGUUGUUUAUCUAUUGUCUAGCAAUGUUCUAAUAAUAUGUUAUAAUGUAUAGUUGUUUAUCUAUUGUCCAGCAAUGUUCUAAUAAUAUGUUAUAAUGUAUAGUUGUUUAUCUAUUGUCCAGCAAUGUUCUACUAAUGUGUUGUAUAAUGAAUAGUUGUCUGUCUAUUGUCCAGCAAUGUUCUAGUAAUGUGUUGUAUAAUGAAUAGUUGUUUGUCUAUUGUCCAGCAAUGUUCUACUAAUGUGUUGUAUAAUGUAUAGUUGUCUGUCUAUUGUCCAGCAAUGUUCUAGUAAUGUGUUGUAUAAUGAAUAGUUGUCUGUCUAUUGUCCAACAAUGAUCUAGUAAUGUGUUGUAUAAUGUAUAGUUGUCUGUCUAUUGUCCAGCAAUGUUCUAGUAACGUGUUGUAUAAUGUAUAGUUGUCUGUCUAUUGUCCAGCAAUGUUCUAGUAAUGUGUUGUAUAGUGAAUAGUUCUUUGUCUAUUGUCCAGCAAUGUUCUAGUAAUGUGUUGUAUAAUGAAUAGUUGUUUAUCUAUUGUUCAGCAAUGUUCUACUAAUGUGUUGUAUAAUGAAUAGUUGUCUGUCUUUUGUCCAACAAUGAUCUAGUAAUGUGUUGUAUAAUGAAUAGUUGUUUGUCUAUUGUCCAGCAAUGUUCUAAUAAUAUGUUAUAAUGUAUAGUUGUUUAUCUAUUGUCUAGCAAUGUUCUAAUAAUAUGUUAUAAUGUAUAGUUGUUUAUCUAUUGUCCAGCAAUGUUCUAAUAAUAUGUUAUAAUGUAUAGUUGUUUAUCUAUUGUCCAGCAAUGUUCUACUAAUGUGUUGUAUAAUGAAUAGUUGUCUGUCUAUUGUCCAGCAAUGUUCUAGUAAUGUGUUGUAUAAUGAAUAGUUGUUUGUCUAUUGUCCAGCAAUGUUCUACUAAUGUGUUGUAUAAUGUAUAGUUGUCUGUCUAUUGUCCAGCAAUGUUCUAGUAAUGUGUUGUAUAAUGAAUAGUUGUCUGUCUAUUGUCCAACAAUGAUCUAGUAAUGUGUUGUAUAAUGUAUAGUUGUCUGUCUAUUGUCCAGCAAUGUUCUAGUAACGUGUUGUAUAAUGUAUAGUUGUCUGUCUAUUGUCCAGCAAUGUUCUAGUAAUGUGUUGUAUAGUGAAUAGUUCUUUGUCUAUUGUCCAGCAAUGUUCUAGUAAUGUGUUGUAUAAUGAAUAGUUGUUUAUCUAUUGUUCAGCAAUGUUCUACUAAUGUGUUGUAUAAUGAAUAGUUGUCUGUCUUUUGUCCAACAAUGAUCUAGUAAUGUGUUGUAUAAUGAAUAGUUGUUUGUCUAUUGUCCAGCAAUGUUCUAAUAAUAUGUUAUAAUGUAUAGUUGUUUAUCUAUUGUCCAGCAAUGUUCUAAUAAUAUGUUAUAAUGUAUAGUUGUUUAUCUAUUGUCCAGCAAUGUUCUAAUAAUAUGUUAUAAUGUAUAGUUGUUUAUCUAUUGUCCAGCAAUGUUCUACUAAUGUGUUGUAUAAUGAAUAGUUGUCUGUCUAUUGUCCAGCAAUGUUCUAGUAAUGUGUUGUAUAAUGAAUAGUUGUUUGUCUAUUGUCCAGCAAUGUUCUACUAAUGUGUUGUAUAAUGUAUAGUUGUCUGUCUAUUGUCCAGCAAUGUUCUACGAAUGUGUUGUAUAAUGUAUAGUUGUUUGUCUAUUGUCUAGCAAUGUUCUAAUAAUAUGUUAUAAUGUAUAGUUGUUUAUCUAUUGUCCAGCAAUGUUCUACUAAUGUGUUGUAUAAUGAAUAGUUGUCUGUCUAUUGUCCAGCAAUGUUCUAGUAAUGUGUUGUAUAAUGAAUAGUUGUCUGUCUAUUGUCCAACAAUGAUUUAGUAAUGUGUUGUAUAAUGAAUAGUUGUUUGUCUAUUGUCCAGCAAUGUUCUAGUAAUGUGUUGUAUAAUGAAUAGCUGUUUGUCUAUUGUUCAGCAAUGUUCUACUAAUGUGUUGUAUAAUGAAUAGUUGUUUGUCUAUUGUCCAACAAUGAUCUAGUAAUGUGUUGUAUAAUGAAUAGUUGUUUAUCUAUUGUUCAGCAAUGUUCUACUAGUGUGUUGUAUAAUGAAUAGUUGUCUGUAUAUUGUCCAACAAUGAUCUAGUAAUGUGUUGUAUAAUGAAUAGUUGUUUAUCUAUUGUUCAGCAAUGUUCUACUAAUGUGUUGUAUAGUGAAUAGUUCUUUGUCUAUUGUCCAGCAAUGUUCUAGUAAUGUGUUGUAUAAUGAAUAGUUGUUUAUCUAUUGUUCAGCAAUGUUCUACUAAUGUGUUGUAUAAUGAAUAGUUGUCUGUCUUUUGUCCAACAAUGAUCUAGUAAUGUGUUGUAUAAUGAAUAGUUGUUUGUCUAUUGUCCAACAAUGUUCUAGUAAUGUGUUGUAUAAUGAAUAGUUGUUUGUCUAUUGUCCAGCAAUGUUCUAGUAAUGUGUUGUAUAAUGAAUAGUUGUUUGUCUAUUGUCCUGCAAUGUUCUAGUAAUGUGUUGUAUAAUGAAUAGUUGUUUGUCUAUUGUCCUGCAAUGUUCUAUUAAUGUGUUGUAUAAUGAAUAGUUGUUUGUCUAUUGUCCAGCAAUGUUCUAGUAAUGUGUUGUAUAAUGAAUAGUUGUUUGUCUAUUGUCCUGCAAUGUUCUAGUAAUGUGUUGUAUAAUGAAUAGUUGUUUGUCUAUUGUCCAGCAAUGUUCUAGUAAUGUGUUGUAUAAUGAAUAGUUGUUUGUCUAUUGUCCUGCAAUGUUCUAGUAAUGUAUUGUAUAAUGAAUAGUUGUUUGUCUAUUGUCCUGCAAUGUUCUAGUAAUGUGUUGUAUAAUGAAUAGUUGUUUGUCUAUUGUCCAGCAAUGUUAUAGUAAUGUGUUGUAUAAUGAAUAGUUGUUUGUCUAUUGUCCAGCAAUGUUCUAGUAAUGUGUUGUAUAAUGAAUAGUUGUUUGUCUUACUUACUUACUUACUGAUGUAUCACAUCACUUACGACACAUGUAUCCUUCGCAUUUUUGCGUAUUUUUCCUAUUUGAAAUUUACUCACUUUUUCUAGCUUCGGUAUACAUUUCUGUACUAAUCAAGUGACUUCCACGUGCUAAAUAUACACACUAUAAACUGGGAAACCAUUAUGAGCUAUUCUUAAAAGGGUAAACUCAGCUGAGACAGCGACAAAAUAUUACUUUAAUCAUGCAAAGGGAUGUAUUAUCGGCCGUAUACUAGCCCAUAUUGAAAAUGCUAUGCUUGUUUUGAGAAAAUACUGUAUUUGCCGAUGUUUGGACCAUCUAGUGUCUAGUCUCUUUAAGCCAUGCUUUUUUGCGGAGCAUGCACGUUAUAGUUUGUUAAAAAGCACAUUUUUCUUUUUAUGCAAGAGUCUUGAUUGAAGAACAAUAUAUCAAUAAAUAAAGUAUGAUA